AUGAUUGAGCGUUUUUUUCCACGAGUUUUCGGAUCAUCUUCAAGUUCUGAGUCAGAUGUUGUUGUGGCCAUUGUUGUUGUUCGGAGCUAUGAUUUUCUCGGCUUUGUGGUUGGGGAUGUAAUGUUCUUGAAACCUUGGGGAUAUAGACAGAGAGACAGAGGAGGCAGAGACAGGGGGAAUGGAAAACGGCCGAGCACCGCCGCCAGUUCAACAGGCUCGGAAGAUAAUGGGGGGAGAUCGGCAGCCGCUCUCCAAUACGCUCUCUCACACGCCGUGCUUGAUCAGGACGAGCUCAUCCUCGUCCACGUCGAGAAUUCUGCCACCUCCUCUUGGAAGAAUACCUUCUCGAGUUUCCUCAGAUUACCGAGCUCCCUCUCUUCUUCUUCUUCUUCUCCUUCGACAUCUUUCAACGCAGCUGCAGCUGUUUCAGCCUUAGCCUCCGAGAUUGGCCAAGGGGAUGUGCAUUUUCUCGAGCAGAUGAAGCGGAUAUGCGAGGUAGCUCAGCCUAAGGUGCGUGUCCGUGCAGAGUGCUUCCCGGUGGAAUGCUCCAAAGCCGCCACCAUCCUUUUUCUAGGCGAAAAGCUCGGCAUUGACAUCAUCAUCAUUGGCCAACGCCGAACUCUCUCGUCAGCCAUUCUAGGAUCUAGGCGGCCUGGUGGGUCUCUAAGAGGUUCGAAAGGCGUAGACACGGCAGAGUAUUUGAUCGAGAACAGCAGGUGCACUUGUGUCGGGGUGCAGAAGAAAGGUCAGAACGGAGGCUACGUCCUCAACUCCAAGACCCACAAGAACUUCUGGCUAUUGGCAUGAUUUGACGGCCCAAGCUGCUAGCUUAUGAUUACUUGUUUGUUGUGAUGACAAAGAGACUACCAGUCCUGUUUCUUUCCUCUCUGCAUUCUAACAAGGAAGAGUUUCAUGUUCCCUUUUCAUCUUCGUUCCCGACCACAAAAGUGGUAAGCUGUAAAUAUCUAACAGUUAGGCCCGGGCUUUCCUCUAA